AAAAAAAGAAAAACAAAUUAAAAAAAAUCCCAUCUUUUUUUUUUUUCUAAAACCUUUCUCUAUCGAUAUAAUAAAAAAAACUCUCAAUUCAAUUUUACCAAUCUCUCUCAUUCUCAGAUCACUGGGGAAGCUCCAAGCUCGAUUUCUAAAAUCAUCCACCAUGACCUCACAAGCGUGUCUUCUUCUUCAGAAACAGCUCAAAGAUCUUUGUAAGCAUCCUGUAGAUGGGUUCUCUGCUGGUCUAGUUGAUGAAAAGAAUAUAUUCGAAUGGAGCGUUACUAUCAUCGGUCCUCCUGAUACUCUCUAUGAAGGAGGUUUUUUCAAUGCCAUUAUGUCAUUCCCACAAAACUAUCCUAAUAGCCCACCUACUGUGCGGUUUACUUCAGAUAUUUGGCAUCCGAAUGUUUAUCCUGAUGGGCGUGUUUGUAUAUCUAUUCUACAUCCUCCUGGUGAUGAUCCGAGCGGGUAUGAGCUUGCUAGCGAGCGUUGGACACCUGUUCACACAGUUGAGAGUAUUAUGUUGAGUAUCAUAUCAAUGCUCUCUGGUCCAAACGAUGAAUCUCCAGCAAACGUUGAAGCUGCUAAAGAAUGGAGAGAGAAGAGAGACGAGUUCAAGAAGAAAGUGAGCCGUUGUGUCAGAAAAUCUCAAGAAAUGUUGUGAUCAACACAAAAACAACAAUUUCACACUUUGAACUCCAAUUUCUUCUGGAGUUCAUAAAGUUCAUUUAAAAACUGUCCAAACACUACUUGCAAUAAACCCGUCUUUGCAUCUUUUAAUCGCGUUUCCUCAACGUGAAAUGGAAGUGUUUGUUCGAAAAAAGGGUGUUGUUCUUGAGGAAACUGACAUUAAAAUUUAUACUCCCUCCGUUUCAUAAUAUAUGAUGUUUUUAGAGGUU